AUGGCGACAGACUCCGAGCCCCUCCGCUUCGCCGAUGUAGCGGUAACCUACACGGCGGACCAAUUCCAAGGCAUCUACCGCGGCAAACAAUACCAUGCCCCGGACUUCGGAGAAGUAAUCCAGCGGGCCAAAGCCUACAACUGCGAGAAAAUGAUGUUGACGACCAUGAACCUGGAGGGUUUCCAUCGCAACCUGCAACUUGUCCGCGAGCAUCCAGAAACAUGCACCCUCACACUAGGCGUGCAUCCUUACCACGCGGGGGAGAUAUACGCCUCUACCAACGAACCAUCCUAUCUCUCCCAGAUCCGCGAGAUAGGCCAAUCCCUCCUGCGCGAGGAGAACUCCCCGCUCGUAGCAUUCGGCGAGAUCGGUCUGGACUACGAGUACCUCGACCGCGCGGACAAGGAGACGCAGAUCCGCGCAUUCAAGGAUCAACUCGAGCUCGCAGUGGAGUUCCAGCUCCCGCUGUUCCUGCAUGUUCGGGAAUCCUGUGCCGAUUUCAUCGAGAUCAUCCGUCCGUAUCUACCCCGGUUACCCAAGGGCGGGCUAGUUCAUUCCUUCACUGGCUCUGUGAGCGAGAUGCGGCAAUUGACCGAUGAGCUGGGACUGGAUGUCAGCGUGAACGGG